AUAACAUUUCCCACAUUUAUGGGUGAAUAUUCACACGUACACAAGAAGCUUCUCAUCUAUGCUCCAUCAUUUGUACUAAUUUUAACUCUCUUACUAGCAACCACAUCUAUUAAUAUUGGAUUCCUCUAAUUAUAUAUGAUGAUGUUAUUAGCAAUGGUUCAUAAGGUAAAGCGAUUGAUAGAAGCGGUAGAUCAUUUUCUUGGAAAUUGGUCAAUCACAUAUAAGAAAAAAUAAACCGUUUUCCCAAAUUACAGUGACUUGUAAGUCAUUGUAACAAAAUCCAUAUGAUGUACAUAAAUUCGAACAUUGGAAUAGGCUGUGAAUAGAGUCUAUCCCCAUUGCUGCUGGAAAGUUUAGCCGCGUCGAUCCAGCUCUACUGAUAUGGUAGAUGAAGAUGACUAUUCAAAAACAGAUCACACAAUCGAUUCCAUAGCUGGCCAUGGCCAUAUUGUGUGUUAGAGAAUUAUGAGUGAUAUAUAUAUUGGGCUUGAUGGUGGUCUUUUCUAGGUAGGGGACCAAUUCUGGUGGAUAAUAAAUAAAUAUGGAUUUACAAGGAAAAAAAAAGUAUAUGCGCGCAAUCUUAAAUGAGUAUUGUGCAUUCUGGUUGGAAAUCGAACAGAAACUUGCAUUUUAGUACUUUGAAUUAUUGUUGUUAUUAUUAUUUCGGAUUAUUAGAACUAUUUCGGGAAUUGGAGAAUAAUUGAUAAAUCGGAUAGCGAUAAAAAAUUAGUCAUUUUUAUAUAAACUACUUGUACGUGGGAUUAGAGGAUUAAGCAAAGAUUAAACCUAAACAAAUCCAAACCUCUUCCUCUCUCCCUCGGCCAAACCUCUUCCUACUCUCCCCCAGGCUGCCGAGCAGCCACUGCCCCCUCCCCUUUUCUAUUCUCAACUUCCUCCUUUCCCAACUCUUCUGCAAUUCCACCUCUAAGGUCAAACCUCUAUUGACCCCCAAUUCUUAAAUCCCUAGAUAGAGCUCGGGACACCGGACUCUAUCAUACUGCUUGGAAAAGAUCCUUUAAUCACAGAAAAUCUAAUAUUUUAAAGUGUGUUUUCGUGUUUAAUAGUUUUAAUAUUGAAAAAAUUACCAUAAUAUAUACCACCAUUUCUAUUUGUAAAGGACACAAAAAUUUAUACAGGGAAAUGUCAAAUUUCCCAUAAUAAGUUAUAUCUUUUAUGUAAAGAUGUUCACCGUGUUAUCCGUUUCGACUUUCGAGUCAUUCAGGCCAAGCAUCACCUGUGUAGACUAUAGUGAUAAAAUUACUAGCGGUUUCGAACAGGUACUCAAACCGCGAGCUAUAUGAUCCGACCAUGCCAGAACAAACCCAGACCAUCGGAUUGAUGCUAUAUACUUAUAUUAAGGGUGGAACUCGAUCUCCGUCAGCUCAUCCUUUCGUGUAAUUUAAUUUCCUCAUGUGUUGAUAAUAAAUAAAGUUCCAGAGGAAAAGGAUGAGGUACAAAACCUUAUUUUACAAAAUACAAUCUAAUUCCUUUAUCUUAAUCACAUAUAACAGUCCAAAAUAGUUCGCAAUAAAAAAAAUUAAGGAGGAGCAAACCAGUAAUUCAACACCCUCUGCCAUUUUUUAUUUUUAAGUCACACGGAUCCAAGAAAUAGAGAAGACACUUUGUUCUAAGCCCUAAUUAUCUUACUCGAAUCAUAUCUCAUUCUUUUUAACUCGAAAUUUAAAUUUCUUGAAUAUAAUGAACACAUUAAUUAUGAUCUAAACAAUGAUAUUCAUUUAUUUUAUAUUAUAUAAAUAUAAUAUAUUUAAUUUUUGUUUAUUUAUUUUUUAUAUUUUAGUAAAACAAGUUAUUUGAUACAAUUAUUAUUCAAUAUAAAAUAAAUGCAAUGAUUCUAUUGUUUUCCUUUUUCGGAUAUUAUAUUUAAAAUUUGUUGAUCUCACGAGUCUAGGAUAUGGUAGAUGUUUUCAUCCCAUAUUGCCACUAAACUGGCCUUUUAUGCAUUCAUUAAACUCGAUGUUUGAACGCCAAUGUGAUCAUAGUACAAUUAUAUACGGAGCAUAAUCAACAAGCUUAAUGUUUGCCUCUCAAUCGGUAUGCUCAAUCUUGACUUCCUAGUCUAUGGCUAACCAACCUCGGAUCUCGGAAAUGCAGGUGGAUUGUAGAUGUUGGGUUGUGGCGUCUCGAUAAGUGACCCAACAAUGAUCAAUGAUCAUGUGCGUAUGAGAAGAACUUUUCUAGCUCCUAAUUUUUAUCCAAGUUUCAAACCAUGCACAAUUCCAUUCAGUUAUGCACGAUCGAGUAAUUGAGCUUCCUCCAACGUACGUUAACUGUGUAGGUUGAUAACGUGACCAUCGAUCAGCAACCCUUAAUGUGUCACCUACUAUUGUAUUCAACGCAGAGUGUAUGACUGGUCCAUCGAUAUUCAUACAUAUAACAAAAGGAGAAUAACAAAAAAAAAAAAAAAAUCUAAGAUCAUCAAAAAAAGAAGUAGAAAAAAGCCACACAUGACGAGUAGGUAUAGGUGCAACCACCCUCCUUUUUAUUAAUUAGUAGUGUUUGAAAUUUUUGCUUCUUAUUGUGUCUAUAAAUUAAACUAUAAUCAUUUCUCGAUCCAGGCAACAAAAGCAGAAAGCCAAAAAAAAAAAAAAAAAAAAAAACACCAACACCAAUUAUUCGUUCCCUUCCCGCGGAAUCGAUGGAGAGAGUAGCCAGACUGCCGCGGAAUAUGGUGCUCCGAUCAAAGGUCGACGACAGGUAUCUGCAUUACAUUUGGGACCGCCAAAUUGCGGGCGAGAGUUACUUUGAGUGCAUGGCCACGCGCCGGAUCCUCGAAGCGGUGAGCCCGUUCGUGAAAUUGGAGGUGAUUCCCUCCAGCACCGACCCAUCCUCCUCGGUCCACAUCCGCUGCUCUCACAACGGCAAGUACUGGCGGGUCCAGAGAAUCAACACCGUCUCCACCGUCUCCGCCACCGCCGACGCCCAGGAGGAGGACGUCUCCAAGGGAGGCGAAUGCACCCUGUUCCAGCCUGUGUUAAGCCCCGACAGCGACAACGCUACUGUCUGGUUCCGUCACUUGGCGAGCGGCAACCUAGUUGAGGUUUUCCCUAACGAUCAAAUCCCCCUUUUGCACCGGUUGGGUGUUUGCUACUCCAGGGCAGUUACCCCCGGUGCGUUGUUCGAGUUCAUGGAGUGGGAAUCGUACGAGAGUAAGCUGGAGGCCGAGAAUCAGGAGCUGAGGGACAAGAUUCAGGAGCUGAAGGACAGGAUUCGGGAGCUGGAAGAUAAGGUCGCGGGCCUGGAGCUGAGGGAAGAGGAGAGGAAGGCCAAACUGGAGGAAGAGAAGCUAACGCUGCAAUCCAUGGUGGUUUCGGCUUGGGAUUCGUUCCAGCUCGACGUCAGGGCAGGAAUCGAUCCGGUUAAAGCGUAAACUCAAGGGCCACCCCAUGCAUCAAAGUGAAACUGCAUGCAAUCAUAUCUACGACAAAACUGGUCGCUAAAUGUUUCAACUUCCGUCGCAAUAAGUUGGUUGUCAGCUUCACAGUUUGCCACGAAAUUUACGCAAGCGUGUUGCUGACAAAAAGCCUUUCUUUUAGCAGUAUUGAUGUUUCGUUUGUUUUUUUUUUGUUUUUGUCAUGUAUUGAAGAAUAAAUGUUUGUACACUUUGUUAGCGUACGUACUGUAUGCAUGCGUGGUGUCUAUGCAUGCGUGGUGUCUGGUGCUUGUGUAAACUUUUUUUCAAUUUUUUAGUUCCUUUGCCGGAUGGCCGAUAUGUUCGAUCAAUAUCAUGCAAUUUGUUUGUAUCUAUCAAUCUAACGACCAUAAGAAUUCAAUAGCAUCUUUGAUUCGGUGAUUUCGGUCCCUAUAAUGUAAGGGGGAAAAACAAUAACAAUAACAAUUAUGUCAUACCAAUAAUAGCAAAAAGAUUGGAUAUAACGUUGGCGAAUGUGAAGUGGAUAGGAUAGUUCGAUCCGUCAAAACUUAUCGAUUAAUUGUUAAUCAAUAGUGUAGUUAAUGGUUAUUCUACCAGUUAACCGUCUAUCCGCCACAUCGCCAACUAAAACGUCGCUGUUUUAACUCAUCACAUAAAAAAAAAAAAAAAAAAAACCAGUUGUUCUUGGUUCGGCUCCUCCGAUCCAAAGCAAUAAGAAAAUCUAUAAUUCUCUCCGCCAAUUGGACAGAACUUACAUCCUCUGUUCUUCGUUCGAGCCGAGAUGAUGAGAAGAGGAGCUAGAAUGUGCAAUGGACCAAUUAAAAAGAUUCAAGCUCUAGAGGCCGAGAGAGGGUGGAAGUCGUUUCCUUUCUUGGAGUGUGGCAUUUUCUAUUUUUGGUCGUUAAUAACACUUAUCGAUUAUGAAAGUGUACCAUGAUGGUAUAAAUAUACCAAGACUGUAGGAUGGUUAAAUACAUGAUAGUGUGAGUAUAUUAAAUGUCAUUCACGAUUUUCAUUAUUGUGUACUACAAGUUACCACCCUCAAACAAAGGUGGUAUAGUAUAAUAUUUUUUUGGUCCUGUAUUUUUCACCUAGAAAUUUGUAGAUCCAAUGGAUCAUGAUGAACUCGUUCCUUCUGUGCAAAUAUUUUCAAAAACGACUUAAAAAUGAAGGAGAUAACAUAUGGUAUGAAGUUGAUAACGAGAGGUAUGCAAUCUUUUUUCUCAAAAAAUAUUAAAAAUUGCUAUCUCAUUUUGUAGCGAAAAAAAAAAAACUUUGAAUUAUCGAUGGUCAGGCCACCAAUAGUUAAGAUCUAUAUAUGUUGCAGAUGAAGAUGACUAUUCAAGGUAUGGACAGGGCACCAAUACUUAUCUAUAACAUUGCUGGCCAUUGCCAUCUUGUGAAAGAUGUGUGCGUAUAAGAGAGUUAUAAGAAUAAAUAGCUAGACUGGAAUGGCCUUUAAUUUUCAAGCUCACAGGACCAAUUUCUGGAGGGCUACAGCGGAUGGACGAAGACAAGGGAAGAAGACAGGUAGGGCAGGGCACCUUUCUGAUUUUUCGUAAGAUGUUUUUCAUUCCCCUGGUUAAUCUUUUUUGUUUGAUUCUAAUUUUUUGCAGGUUUGGGAUUAAAGAGGCUUUUGUGUCAAUCUUUAAAUAAUUGGUUAGUAUUAGGGUUUUUAAAUGGCUUGCAAAUUAGGAUUUUGGAUGAUGAUUAAAAAUUGAGAAUUGGUAGUGUGGUUAUCUUGGGUGAAUCUGAAAUUUUGGGUUUUAUGAGAAGACGAUUUGAUGUGGACCAGCAUAUUUUGUGCAUGAACCAGAAAACAACCCAGUAAACAAAUUGGGACCUAUACUAAAUUGAACUAGAAAACAAAUUGUGGAUAACUAAAAAACAAAGUCUUCGUCGCUAAAGCUCGUAACUUUUGGUGACGACAUAUUUCGGCGCUAAAUUAAUGUUUUUGUGACACACAAUCCGUUGCAAAUAAUCUUUUUCAGCCACGUAGGUCCGGUCGUAACCAUAUGACCAUUCUGCGACGACAUGUUCAUCAAUAAAUCAUCGACCUUCGGCAAAGAAUUUGAAAUUUUUUGUGACGACGUAGUUAUUUUUGUCACAGAACGUUUACGACGAUCUAUAGGUGACAGCCGCUUAUAAUUUUUUGCGACGCAAAGAAUUUGUCGUUAAAACUUUCUGCUGCGAAAAUUGUUGUUCGUUUAAGGAAAAUGACCGAUCAGAUGAAACACUUACCUUGUGGAAAUAACACUCCACAAUUACCAAUCAAAAGAAUUGGUCUACUACACCAUGGAGAGGUCGAUCUACUAGAGCUAAGGAUAUUUUCAUACCUCAAGGUAAUGUCAUGGAGAGUGUUCUUAAAAUAAUGAAGCCCGUGAUUACACCUGAAAGGUUUACCAGACAACCGACAUGAUCGACAUGUUGAUCUGCAAGUAUUGCAUGAACAAACUACCUUUGAUAUUACGACAUCUUUUCUGCUUCACCAAGUUACAAAGCCACAAAAAUUUGUUUACUCGAUUUGUAGAUUGAUAAAUUAAUAGUGUAGAUGGUUAUUUAUAGGGUUCUUUGGAUUAAAUGAUAAUGAUGCGAUUCUUUAGUACUAAAACCUUCAUGGUGGUGGAAUUAUGCACCAACACAUAUGGACAACCAAUCGAACGUUCUAUUGGAGCGACCAUCAAUUUUCUUUGUUAAUAGUAGAGUCAUUUUAAGAUAGCGAUCGACUGUUUUAUUCAAGUCUCAAUUACUUGAAAGUCACCCUAGCAAAUUCAUUAUAUUUAUAUUCAUUUAACAAGUGGAACAAUAUCUAGGGUUCAUGCGAGUUUGCAUGCCUUGGUUGUUCAUGCGAGAAUUGAUUAUAAGAAUGAAAUAGGUAGUUCAAC